AUGUAUGGUGCCGGAAGUAGCACCCAUCACCAGUCGCAGGAGUCGCAUCACAGGUCUACUCCUUCCAGAAGCUCACAACAAGAUGGAUCCAAUAACUUUCUACACACGACCGGUUCUACAGACACGCCGAUGUCUGACGCCGCCGACGAUCCUGCCGGGGGAUACAGAAAUCCACAUAUACAAAUCGCGCACUCAGAUGAUAUAGCGUCGCAAGCAACAUCAUCAGUGUCACAAGUGUCUAGUCAGCCUCCACCUAGUCCACGUUUUCGACCACAUUCACAGCAAUCAGCACCGAUCUCAGGAGGACCAAACGACGCGUCAAUUGACAGAUCACAAUAUGUACCGUCAUCAGGACCAGCAUCCUCUGCUCCGUCGCCCGCCACAUCAGUUCGGGUAUCUACAGGUCCAGCGAUAGCCUCACCACGUAGAAUCAAAGUAAAAAGUCUAUCACACAUACAGAGCUUUGCUACGGAUGAGACCAGCCCAUUCUCACAAACACGCUUGAUGUCGCGUCGUUCACGGAGAGAUACCAAUGAUGUCGGACCGCAGUAUGAGAUUAGCGAAAUGCCGGUAUCGGAUAUCAUUGAAAUGGUGGCAGGCUUAUUGACCAAAAUCACCACGACGAAUGAUCGACAGCAUGAACAUCUUCAUCGACAAAUACCGCCUCCAGAAGGCGCCGGGCAUCUCAGUCAGCAAACAACAAGUGUACUAGCUUUCCAUGGCAAGAACGUGCCAAGUAUCUCUAUUCUCAGCUAUCUCAGCAGAAUUCAUAAAUACUGCCCUACCACAUACGAGGUUUUCCUCAGUCUAUUGGUCUAUUUUGACCGUAUGACCGAGAGGGUAAAUGCUGGACCGAUGCAAAGCCUCCGACAGGCCAAUCAGCAGUCACUUGAACGCGCAGCUGCAGCCAGUGAGGGAAGUCGACAUAGUUCAAUAUCAUCGUCAGCGCUCGCUAGCCAUACAUCACCGGCGUCCGCAGCCCAAGCUGCUACCCCGCCUCCCUCAGGUUCUUUAGGGAAUUCAACACAUGCCAGCAUUUCAGAGGCACAUCCACCGUCUCCUCCUAAUAAUAUGGAUCGCUCACUUGACAUGGACCCUUACAAUCUUUCGCAUUUCUUUGUAGUCGACAGUUUCAACAUCCAUCGUUUGGUAAUUGCUGGCGUCACUUGCGCAAGCAAAUUCUUCUCGGAUGUAUUCUACACAAACUCUAGAUACGCAAAAGUCGGGGGGCUACCAUUGGUAGAGCUAAAUCACCUCGAACUCCAAUUCCUUCUCCUGAACGACUUUCGGCUCGCGGUUCCACUAGAAGAGAUGGAGGCAUAUGGGACUAUGCUGGUCGAGUUCUACGCUCGUGAAGUGGUGGCACAGUCUCAAGCUUCAAGGAGUGCGCUCCCUGGAGGUCAACUCGCAGCGGUAUCCACUUGA